AUGGGGUUGAUGAUGCUCUUGUGCUUAUUUUUGUCAACAAUCUUGGGCCAGUCUCGGGCUGUGGAAGCUUCUGAGUCAGAGCUCCCGAGUCAAGAGCUCGAGUUCUUGACUCGGGGACUCUUGGGGUCGGCCAAAGAGGCUGAGUUCUUUGAAUGGAUGAGAGGAGUGAGGAGGAGAAUCCACCAGUACCCAGAGCUUGGAUUUGAGGAGCACAGAACGAGUCAACUCGUCAGGUCCGAGCUUGACUCGCUUGGGAUUGAGUACGCGUGGCCUGUCGCCAAGACUGGUGUGGUGGCUUCUAUUGGGUCAGGCUCCAAACCAGUUUUUGCUCUCAGGGCUGACAUGGAUGCCCUUCCACUUCAGGAACAAGUAGAGUGGGAGUUCAAGAGCAAAAUAGAUGGCAAAAUGCAUGCUUGUGGUCAUGAUUCUCAUGUGGCAAUGUUGCUUGGUGCAGCCAAAUUACUCCAAAGUAAAAGAGACAUAUUAAAGGGUACUGUGAAGCUGAUUUUUCAGCCGGGAGAGGAAGGUUAUGCCGGAGCUUACCAUAUGUUACAGCAUGGUGUUCUUAACGACGUUGAUGCCUUCUUCUUUAUACAUGUUACCCCAUCACUACGCACUGGUGUGAUUGCUUCAAGGCCUGGUCCAAUGCUGGCUGGUGCUGGCCUCUUUUCAGCCACAAUCAGAGGAAAAGGUGGACAUGCAGCUGCCCCACAUAAGAACAAGGACUCAAUUCUAGCAGCAGCAUCAGCUGUGGUGGCCCUUCAACAGAUUGUAUCAAGAGAAACAAAUCCUCUUGAGGCCAGAGUGGUGACAGUUGGAUUCUUAAAGGGAGGUGAAGCAGGAAAUGUGAUCCCUGAAUCUGUGAAAUUUGGGGGAACUUUUAGGAGCUUGACUAAUGAAGGCCUCACCUAUCUCCAAAAAAGGAUCAAAGAGGUCAUAGAACUGCAGGCAGCUGUGCAUCAAUGUGAAGGUACAGUGGACUUCAUGGAAGACACACCAUUGCCUUAUCCUGUAAUGAUCAAUGAUGAACCGUUGUAUGAGCAUGUGAAGAAAGUUGGAGAAGCCCUGCUUGGGGAACCUAAUGUGGAGCUUUGCCCAGUGAUAAUGGGAGCAGAGGAUUUCAGCUUCUACUCAAAGGAGUCUGCUGCAACAAUUUUUAUGCUUGGAAUAAAGAAUGAGAGUCUCAAAUCAGAUCAGCCAUUGCACACAUCUCACUUUGUCAUUGAUGAAGAGGCUCUUUCUGUAGGAGCAGCUCUCAAUGCUGCUGUGGCAAUCUCAUACUUGGAUGCACGUGUUGUUCGGACUCAUUAA